UGCACGACAUAGUGCAGAGAGUACAAUGAACCGUUGCACUAAGUGCUGCACGAACCUGACGGCUACGAUUCAACGGAGAUUUGAGCUGUCUGGCUACGAAAUGACACAGGAGGUAAAGAAAACUAAAAAGAAGAAUUCACAGAAGAAUACAAAUGCGUCGCAGAAGGAACAGAUACUCGUAAAAGAAGAAGGAGGAGGAGGAAGCACACAGAAGGAAAAUGUUAAUCACAAGGAGGAGAGCAAGGUGGAAAAGUCGAACAAGCCCGUCGAGUCGAAAUAUGGGCCUGCUAUAUCGUUUCCAUACCAAAGGAUAUGGUCUAGAUCUGUUUUGGUACUCGGAAUAUUGUUGGUAUUUUGGUACAACAUUAAGCAAGGCAAGGAAGUGUCGCUGGCGAAGCAGAAAGACGUGCUGAUAAGUCGUACGCAGAAUGUUGAGUGUUCCACAGAUUAUAGAGCCGAGUUAGAAACAUAUCCUGGCUGCGUGCCAGAAAAAUGUGGCAGAGUUGUUACAGACAAGCUAGUCUCAGCGACAGAGGUUGAUGUUUUGUUGAAACUAGCUAAAAAUGGAUUAGACUUAGCUGGCUCUGACGGCGGUGCUAGUAUACUGGAUCUUCAUUCAGGAGCUCUUAGUAAGGGCCAAGGAUUUAUCAAUGUCUAUAAGCUGCCAGCGGCGAAAAAGAUAUUUAAUAACGUGGAUUUAGCAAUAUAUAGGAUAGUUAAAACGAAGAUACAGCAUGCGGUAGCACACAACUUUGGCGUGGAUGUAGAUAAAAUAUAUUUAACCAAGCCAACGUUUUUCUCGCAAAUGACCAACAAGCCCGCAAGGACCAUACAUGACGAAUAUUGGCAUCCGCAUGUCGACAAGGAAACGUACGAAUCGUUUCAUUAUACAUCGUUAGUAUAUUUGAGCGACUACAGCAAAGAUUUCGAAGGCGGCCGGUUUAUAUUUAUGAACAAGAACAACGUCAAUUCGACGAUAGAACCGAGGAAAGGUAGAGUGUCGAUUUUUACAUCGGGCAGCGAAAAUUUGCACCUUGUCGAGAAAGUGAAGUCCGGCACUCGCUACGCCCUGACUGUGUCCUUCACAUGCGACAAGAAUUCCGCGAUAUCAGAUUCGCAUUUUGCCGACAAGCAGAAUUAAUAUCUCUCAUCGAUAUUUCGUCCGUGUUGUUUAUAUCGUCGCGUCAAUACCGUCGACGUACAAACCUUUCUGUUCGCGCGUUAACGUGCACAAUUGCUCAUCGUUUUAGAUAAAUGGCAUUUUUAUCAGUAAAAUCAUCUCACUUCCGCAACCGAGCAGUAUUUUAACAGUAUUAAGAAGUAUCCAUCGUGAAUAAAGGAAGUAUCGUUUGUA